AUGGCCCCUCCAACAAUGGAGAUUCACGAUGAUAUUGCCUUCUCUAUUUUGUCCAAGCUGCCUUUGAAAUCUCUUAAGCGAUUCACCUGCGCACACAAAACAUGGGCUCAUUUACUUGAAAAUCCUCAUUUCAUGGCCAUGUUCCGCGCCAAUUUCUUGUCUAAACAUCACUCUUAUUAUGACGAUACAUCUCUUGUCUUACUUGAUUAUAGAAGAGAGCCACAUUUACUUCUAGGUGACAAGUUUGAGAAUAAAGUUAAAUUAGAUUGGCCUUAUCUAUUUUCCACGGUGAUUGUGGGUUGUGGUAUGCAUGGCAUUUUUUGUCUUGAUCUAGGAGGGCAGUGUGAAUUGUGGAACCCAGCUACUAAGGAAUUAAGAAUUAUUCCUCCCAGCCCUCUUGUUGAGUCUCAACGUGAUCAGAUUACCUCUAGCCCUUUUGUUGAGUCUCAACGUGAUCAGAUUACCUCUGCUACUGCUUUUGGAUUUGGUUAUGACAACCUUAAUGAUGACUUUAAGGUGAUUCGGUUACUACGAUUUUUUCCAUAUCUUACUUUUUCCGAGCAAGAUAAUAAGCCAAUGAUCCAAGAACCCUUGCCGUGUUUGGAGAUAUAUAGCCUAAGAAGCAACUCUUGGAGAAAACUUGAUAUUGAUAGGUUUUUGGAUCCCCUACCUGAUACAGGCGGUGUCAGUUACUUGAAUGGAAUGUGUCAUUGGUUGGCUACUGGAUAUGAAAAUCACCAUAAAACACAAUAUUUGGUAUCAUUUAACAUGAGCAGUGAGAUUCUCUUUACAACGCCCUUACCCUUAGAUAUGGGUCGAGUCACCAAAUUCUUGGUAGUGUUAAAUGGGUCCAUUGCAGUGAUAUUGAGAUAUGGAAAAACUUAUCACAUAUCAAUUUUGUGUGAACUUGGUGUGAAGGAAUCGUGGACUAAACUUUUCACUUUUGAAUGCUUGCUUGGCGUUCGGCCUAUUGGAGUGGGGAAAGAAUGGUUAUAUAUUCUUCCGAAAGCAAAAUGGUGA